ACCUCCGCUUUGGUCACACUGCUCGGCGACCAGCAGAAUUGCAUUAGAUUUUAAAAAGUUUCAUUCACUUAAUUGGAGCAUUAGUCAGCCGCAGCCGGGAAUUCCGUCUAAGGGAGGUCAAGGGUCAAUGCGCAGUCAGCCACCGAGGUUGACCCCAGAAGCAAAAGCAACGACACCUGUUCUGCCGCUGGCAAUCCGGAUGCCAAACUGGCACACACGGGGAGCAGUAUGCGCCGCAACAACUACCCAUACCAGCCCCUGAACCAGCACCCUUCGGGAUCCAAUCCUGCGGCGAGUCACGAUUCCCUGGAGGCGGAGAACGAGCAGGCGGCGGAGGAGCUGAAACAGAAGAUCGGGGCCCUGAAGUCCCUCACCAUCGACAUAGGCAAUGAGGUGCGCUACCAGGACAAGCUGCUGCGCGGGAUCGACGACGACAUGGAUCGCACAAGCGGGUUCCUGGGCAACACGAUGACGCGAGUAGUGCGACUGGCCAAGCAGGGCGGUGGAGCCCGACAGAUGUGCUACAUGUUUCUCUUCGUCCUUUUCGUCUUCUUCAUCCUCUGGCUGACCCUCAAGUUCAAGUAGUUGUUGCUAAUUUUUUAAAAUAUAUUCCUGCAGAUUUGUAUCGUUUAGGGUAUGGAUACUGUUGAACUAUGUCUGGAAUGUCCACAUUUAAUGUUAAAUAUGAAAAUUAAUUGCACUGAAUUUGAGCCAAAGCCGUGACAUUUUCUGUAGAAGUUUACUGAGUCACGUCCUCAAAGUUACUGCUAAUUCUUUAAUGAAAAAGGACAGAUUGAUUCAAUCUUUUUCUCAAGUGAGAGGGAGCUUCUAAUUAAAAUGUUUAAAAGUAGAGCUAUUAAAUUAUUACCCUUUUUAAAAACUUUCACCCUA